UCCCCUCCCUGCCCUUCCCCCUCCCCCUCCCCCUCGCACUUUCACUUCCCGUUUGUUGCUUGCGAAGCCCUGUUCCGCUGCAAAUCUCGUCGUGAUCUCAGGCAACCAGCCGUCGCCGUCGCCGUCGCCGAGCUUCGCAAGCAUUACCAAAGAUGUCUCGGAGAUAUGACAGCCGCACGACAAUCUUCUCCCCUGAAGGUCGCCUCUACCAAGUUGAGUAUGCAAUGGAGGCCAUUGGCAAUGCUGGGAGUGCAAUAGGGAUACUAGCUAAGGAUGGGGUUGUCUUGGUUGGUGAAAAGAAGGUUACUUCCAAGCUUUUGCAAACCUCAACUUCAACGGAGAAGAUGUACAAGAUCGACGAUCAUGUUGCAUGCGCCGUUGCUGGAAUUAUGUCUGAUGCCAACAUUUUAAUCAACACUGCUAGAGUCCAAGCUCAACGGUACACAUAUGCAUACCAGGAGCCAAUGCCUGUGGAACAACUAGUCCAAUCACUCUGCGAUACUAAGCAAGGCUAUACACAAUUUGGUGGGCUUCGCCCAUUUGGUGUUUCUUUUCUGUUCGCAGGAUGGGACAAGAACUAUGGUUUCCAGCUUUACAUGAGUGAUCCAAGCGGAAACUAUGGUGGCUGGAAAGCUGCGGCAAUCGGUGCCAAUAACCAAGCUGCACAGUCUAUCCUGAAACAAGAUUACAAGGAUGAGAUCAACCGAGAGGAGGCAAUCCAGCUUGCCCUGAAGGUGCUGAGUAAAACUAUGGACAGCACUAGCCUUACUUCCGAUAAGCUUGAGCUGGCCGAAGUGUUCCUAAUGCCUUCUGGGAAUGUGAAGUACCAAGUCUGUUCGCCUGAGUCUCUGAACAAGCUCUUGGCGAAAUUCGGGGUGGCGCAGCCUUCUACGGAGGCGUAAAAAGCUCUAUCAAGGACUAUUUCGGGUCUUAUUUAUACUUUGGGGCUGUUUGAGGUGGUUCUCUGGUACCUUUGUUGAAUUUAGACUUGCAACGACUGUUUCGUGAUAUUGUCCUUAUGGCUCUCUCAAUUAGCACUCUCAGCUCUCGAUCCAGUUUACAUUAUUGUUGGCA